AUGGCCUCCGUUUGCAAAUCAGACUGCGUCGAAGAUGCCCGCGUCCCGAUGCGACUAACCUAUGCCAACCUCUACAAGUGGCCGGAAUCCGACGCCGAGUUCGUGAAGUCCAUCAGCUCAAAAGAGAACCGGGGGGCGGGGGCGCAUGCUCAUUCUAGAGUGGUGCACAGCAUUUCAUGUAGGCAAAUGUAUUUGAGGAGCUACACGUUUUCAAGACAAAAGAGUAGUAUCCCCGAAAAGACCAAGAAGUGCUUGGGCAGAGUACUGCAGAGAGUUGCCAUGGCCGAUAGAAUUAGCAGAGGUCAGGGCAAGGAAAACGGCACUACUAGAAGAGUGGCCACAGCCGAUAGUAUUAGAAGAGAUCAGGGCAAGGAAAACAGUACUAGUACUGCUGUUCGGAAGAGGCGGUUUGGCUUGUUGAUCAGGAGGCCGGCCAUGGAGGGUCGUUCAAGCGGCACCUUGUCCUCGUUUUUCCGGCGGUUGUUGUUUUGCACUGCCAAGGUUGAUGCGGUUGAUCAUGGAGACACCUGA